AUGAAUGAUAGAAUGUGUAAACAGCGUACCCAGACGUACGACUUGAAUCUCACGGGGGGUUUGAUGCCGUUGAUACAAGCGCUCAUAAAACCACCUGAAUCGAUUGACUCCCCGGGACGGGCACACCUAAGACGAUCGAACCACCCGUACUACCGUAAACCGGGCCGGGGUCAUAAUAACGACACGUGUGACUCGUGCAAGGAAGGUGGUGAUCUGCUGUGCUGCGAUCGAUGCCCAUCUAGCUUCCAUCUCGGGUGUCACGAUCCGCCGCUGUCGGAGCAGGAAAUACCGAACGGUCAGUGGGUUUGCCAUACGUGCAAGUGUAAAGCAAUCGACGAUCCGUUGGGAACGAGCGCAAAGCUCAGGUUUCGCGAUCGAAGCUUAUCGCACAAGAGCUCCAAUUCCAGCUCCUCCGGUAGCAAAACGUCGAACGAUGGAGAUCAAAAUGGGGCGGAAAAUGAUGUGGUCGUUACAUACAGUGCACCGUCGACACCACCACCUCCAGACAGUUCGACCCCGCAGAGGGUCGUUCCUAUUCUUCCGCUGCACCCCAUGUUUCCGGCACCCGCGUUGGAAGAGGACUUCAAAUCGAACACCCCGCUGGAUCACCUGAUACGGGCGGCCAAAAUUUUGAACCCCAAACAGUUCGAACUCCCACCCGAUAUGGAGGUGAACUUUUCCUUCCCCGGCAUGGACAAGGCCGACUACGGGAAGUUUGGUAAGCGGGCGAAGCUGCGCAAAAUGCACGAACUGGACAGCCAGGGCCUGGUGCCGCUGCCGGCUAGAACGUGCCACUUUUGUGGAACAUCCUGCCGGAAGGCCCCACUUGUCGCGUGUGACUAUUGCGACCUACUGUUUCACCAGGAUUGUCUCGAUCCGCCACUCACCGCAAUGCCCACAUCUUUGUGGAUGUGCCCGAACCACGUGGAACAGUAUAUUGACUGGAAACUGGUUAACUCUGUAUCGGCGACAGAACGCGUUCGGCUGUGGAAUCAGUUCAACGGCGAGGUCGAUCAUGAGCUGGUGAAAACGGAAUUCUUACGCAAGGUCCAUCGAAAAAACCCUCCUUUCCGCUUCAGACAAAAGCUAAAGCAGCGACCGAAGGUGAUCAUCCCUCCCGCGAUCGAGUAUAUGUAUCAAAAUCCUUCCCCAUUGCUGCCGUCACUCAAAACGUUUCUGCGUUCGCGACGGGUGAACCCUUCGGUACACUUCGAGGACGCUCGAGUGCGGUACGAUGACAAAGAUUUGCUGCAAAUGGUAGACCAGGAACUCAAGGAUAUCGACGAAGCGGACUCGAAGUUGGGCUUCGGAAAAGCGAACAGCGAUGACAACAGUAGUGACGCUGAAAAUGACGUCCGGGUUAAUGCAACGGACCGUAAAGGUCCAGAGAUCGUUGUAGGGAACGAUGAAGCGGAGCGAUGUGGGAAUAAUGAACUAAACAUAAAUGAGGAACCGGGUCAAGGAUUGGCAACUGAGGGGACACCAGCUCAUGACGUGCCUGACGGUGCUGAAGCCGAUGUCAAGCAGUCAGAGCUUACCGAUAAGCAUCAGAAUUUUGUCGAAGCGGAUGAUGGAAAAGUACUUGACUGUGAACUCAGCCAGUUGGAUGCCAGUCUGGUGCGUCUCUUAGCAGUACAACGCUUGAAACAGAUCAUCGCUGACCAUCCGGAGUGUUUGCGAAAAGGCUCGCCAACUGGAAACGAACCGAGCGAAACAAUCGAACAGUUGUGCCAGAAAGAUGACGUGAAGAAGAUACCUCUUCCGAGCGAACUGCUAACGAAGGACGAUAUCGAACGGAUAGCGCGAGAGUUCGCUAAUUCGAAUGGAACCAGUGCCAGGAAGGAAAGUGAACCAAUGGACAUCGAUGGCAAUAAAUUGAACGCAACAGCCGAUCAGGCGGCGGUGACGGUUUCGACGGAACUACAAUCCCAACAACCCGUGGUUGACUCCGGUGGUCCCGUUGGGUUGAGUGAUUUGAUGGACCGAGUCGGAAAGCGAGCGCAACAUAGGCAGAUCCGCGUGCGGGCAGCCCUAUCCUGGAUCGAUCUGGAAGAUGAUGGUUAUUUUUCGUUCGAAAAAGUAGACGCCAACGAAGCGUUCUGUAUGUCGUAUCGCUCGUUCACGAUCGGCUCCGGGACGGGUAACGAUGUGACGCUGGCUAAGUACGGUGAAUGCUGCUGCACGUCUAGUCGGCAUGCGAUCAUAUUUUACGAUGAGGUUACACAAUUGUUCGAGUUGAUCAACUAUUCGGAGUUUGGAACGGAGGUUAAUGGGCACCUUUAUGGGUGUGAUUUCAGUCAUCAGCUUUCAGAGCGACCUGCGGAACAUUCAUCCUCCAGCGGUGGAUGGCGCAAGCGCAUGCGAAGAGAUGAUGCGACGGCACAUGACGCUGGACCUGUUACGUCGACCACCAAGAACGAUCAACUGAAGCAAGACGUACAGAGUAUACUGGACAAAUCGCGCAAAAGGCUUGCUCAGGAUCGGGUUGAGGAAUUUUACAGCACCGCUGUGAUGGCCGAUCUGCCGUUACCUUCCUGCCAAUGUGCACCCGAGCGGCGCAUCCCAACAAUGGCGACGGGCUGGGAGGGCAGCGCCAUCUUGUAUCACGGAUCACUGAUCCGCUUCGGUUGCCACGGUUUUGUCUUUACAAUCAUCGACUACGACGACGGCGAGGACGAAUUCGAUGAUUCUUACCGAGACAGCGACAGUGACGAGUGACGCCGUCGGUCACUUACAGUGAUGGCCAACUAAACAAUGAUCAAUGCAAUGUGGACCCUCAAUGUUCUACAUUAUUUUCAUUGAAAUAAACUUCAGGUAUACGCGUUUGCGUAACAUGCGUGCAACAAACGACGGAGCGUUCCUUACAGAUGGUAUUAGAAAAUGAAUCCCAGCUAGUUGUGGGAAAAUGGGUUCUAUUCAUUCAAUUCUUCGCACAGCCUCCCGGGGAUUAGCCCAGAAAAGGACACUUGAGUACCGCUUGCCAACCGCAAACCGAGUUUGCUGUUAUCCUCUACAGAUUAACGGCCCGCUUGAGCGUACCAUGCUUCAGCCACGAUCCGGGCGAACAGCCCCGGAUGUCUCCUUCCAGGUUCAUCGAAUACACAUCGGUCGACAGUUCCGGGAGGCCGAUUUCCGAGUCGCCUUUCGCUUGUUUGGUCGCUUCGUCGACCUCCUUUUUGAUUUCAUUGUCCA